UCCCUCUCCUUCACUUGUCACUAUGAUCUGAUCUCCCACUCUAUUUUACACUUCCCACAUGACUCUUGUUCCUACUCACUAGUACCCAUUCCAUUGGUUUUUCCCUAUUGUGACCGUUGUCGAGUUGAGCCAUGAUACCAUCACCCCUCCCUCAGUCACUCAUCACCAUUCUCCUCUUCCUCCUCCCCACCACAACCCUCUCAGUAGUACUAUCCCUCCCUCUCGACCCAAAGCAAGUAAAAGCCCUCCAAUCCCUCAACAUCCCCAGCCCAAAAGACCCAUGCUCCCAACCCACCUCCUUCCUCUGCGACACCUCCACACCCUUCCGACACCUCACCUCCCUCCAACUCACGAACUGUUCCACUUCCAUCCACCACUCCCUCUCCUCCACAGCCCUCAAAUCCCUCUCCACCCUCCUCACCCUCCACCUCCUCAACUGCCCCAUCACACCCUCCUCCCCCACCCACUUCCCUCCCCAACUCCUCUCCCUCACCUCCAUCAACAGCCUCCCCCACCUCUCCGCCGCCUCCCUCUCCCGCCUAAAAAACCUCACCCACCUCACCCUCUCCUACCUCACCAUCAAACCCUACCUCAUCCUCUCCCACUUCACCGCCCUCCAAACCCUAAUCAUCUCCCACGCCAACCUCACCUGCUCUCUCCCCAAACACCUCCAUUCCCCCAACCUCACCUACCUCGACCUCUCUUUCAACAACCUUAAAGGCAACAUACCCCCCUCCAUCACCAUGUUGGAAAAUCUCCAAGUUUUAAAUCUCUCUUCCAAUGGCCUCAAGGGUGAGAUACCCUCUUCCAUUGGAGACUUGAUUUCCCUCAAAAACCUCUCCUUGGCUUUCAAUUCGUUCUCGGGCGAUGUCCCUGAUUCGUUAUCUGCCAUACCCGGUUUGCUUCACUUGGAUCUCAGCUCCAACCAGCUCAACGGGACUAUUCCCACGUUCAUUUCCGAAAUGAGGAACCUCAAACACUUGAACCUCGCCAACAACCUCCUUCAUGGGGUUGUGCCUUUCAACUCAAGUUUUAUCGACAAGUUGGAGGUGUUGAAGGUGGGUGGGAAUGGGAACUUGUGUUAUAACCGUUCCGUUUUGUCUUCCAAGUUUAUCAUGAAGCUUGAGAUUGCUCCUUGUGAUAAGUUUGGGAGGCCGGUGUCUCCUCCACCUUCGAAGCGUUCUAAUUCUGCGGAUGAUGGCAGUGAUGGAGAUUAUGAUUAUGAUGAUGGUGAUGGUGGUGGUGGUGGUGGCAGUGUCCGUCACAUGAAGGAGCAUCAUCAUGGGCCCAACAAGGUGGUUCUUGGUGUGGCCAUAGCGCUUUCUUCCAUUGUCUUUCUCGUUGUUUUCCUAAUACUGUGCUCCAAGUGCUGUCGCUGAGGAAAAUUUUGAUUUACGCUUUUCUGAAUUUAGAAUAUAGAAAUUUUGGUAAUUUAUUCGAAAUGGUUCUUUGUUUAAUUCAUUUAUUUAUUAUACGAAUUCGAAGGUGCAGAGGAAGAGUGUUGAAAAAGAAAUGAGAGAUUGCCAAAAUGUGGCACCCGAUAGAAACAGGAGGGGAAAAUUGAUGUGCAAUUUUUGUUUCACUUGCUAUUUUUAAUCAUUUUCUUGUGCGGUGCAAUCAUUUAUAUACAAUGUAUCAUGAUGGUCUUUGCCACUUUUGUAAUUAGCUGUGUAUUAAUGUUUAUGAGUAGAAGAGGUGAUGGGGAUGGAUGGUGCAUGUGGUAUCCAGAAAGAUGUGAUUAACUUGUGCUAUAAGCACUUAUUUCUCUC